GUACUUGUAAAAUGCAAUCUAUCUAAUUAUAAUGUCUCCCAAGAGUCACUCUCUCACCCUCACACAAAUCCCAACUUACUAUAAAACACCUCACGUGUUUUUACACACGCCAUCCUGAGUCUGACUUUGGUAGGGCACCCUCCUCUUUUCUGAUCCCCUUGAACUUUCCGCCCUUAAACUUCUUUCUAGGUCUCAUCGGUCAAGUUUUCCUUUGCAGGUGGAAACAUGUCAACCGCGAGACUUCCCACAACAUGCAUGAUCAGAAGCGCACCCCCAAGUAAAGUUGCAAGCCCAAGCAGAACAUGUGCCUUGAUCAAGAGCCCGGGUGCUUUGGGUUCUGCAAUGAGCGUAUCUAAAGCAUUUGGCCUGAAGUCGUCGUCCUUCAAAGUAUCUGCAAUGGCAGUUUACAAAGUGAAACUAAUCAUGCCAGAUGGAUGCGAGCACGAAUUUGACGCCCCUGAUGAUACUUACAUCCUUGAUUCAGCUGAAAAUGCAGGAGUGGAGCUCCCAUACUCGUGCAGGGCCGGAGCCUGUUCUACUUGUGCUGGUAUGAUGGUUUCAGGAUCCGUGGACCAAUCAGAUGGUUCAUUCCUCGAUGAAAAGCAGAUGGAGAAGGGAUACGUCCUUACAUGCAUCUCAUAUCCAACUUCGGACUCUGUGAUCCACACACACAAGGAGGAAGACCUGUAUUGAGCAUGCCUCGUUGCGCUUAUCAAAUAAUGCAAGAACCUGCAUUCAUGGUAGAUUGAGUAGGUUACUUCAUUAUCUGCCAUUUUUACUGUUUGUGUUUGUGCUUUGUACUGUUAUUUUUUGGACAUGUUCUCUAGCCCCCAUGUUUCGAAAGCUUCAUUUCAGUCAACUUGUGCCCAAUGCGAAUUGAUUUUGGGUUUCAUGCGUGUAA